AUAACGCAUUAUAUCUAAGUAAAAAAAUGUUUCCCCAAUUGAGCUGUCUAGGAAGAUAGUAAAAACUGACUGAUUCCUAACUUAUAAUUAACUUUUCUCUAAAAUCAAAUAUAUCUUGUGCUGGAAUUCAAGCUAGAUCUUAAUGUCAAUGAUGAAAAGAAUCACAUUGGAAGAAGAAAUGAAGAAGAAUCCUCAAUUGAAGUUAUCCGAUAUACAAUUAUUAAGAGAAUGGUGCGAGAAGCAACCACACUUACCAAAAAUUGAGGAUAGCUUUCUGGCCCUAUUUCUUCAUAGCAACUAUUAUCAAAUGGAACCGACAAAAAAUAUAAUUGAAAACUAUUAUACAAUUAGAACACAUGCACCAGAAUUUUUUUCCGAUCGGGAUCCGUUCGGAGGAAAGGAGUUACGACAAGCAUUUCAAGUUCAGUAAGUAAUUUCAAUUUUAUUAGCAUAACUGAUUCAUAUAUG